UCUCCCCCUUUGUUGGUGGCGGCGGGGCCGAGCGCGGCGGGGCCGGCCCGGGAUGGGAGACCGGGGCGCCGGGCAGGAAUCUCUGCGCAAGAUCAUCACCACCCUGGCCGUGAAGAAUGAGGAGAUCCAGAACUUCAUCUACUCCCUCAAGCAGAUGGUCCAGAACGUGGAGGCCAACUCGGCGCGGGCGCAGCAGGACCUGGAGGCCGAGUUCCAGUCGCUCUACGCGCUGCUGGACGAGCUCAAGGAGGACAUGGUGAUGAAGAUCAAGCAGGAGCGAGCCAGCCGCACCUACGAGCUGCAGGCGGCCAAACAGAUCAAGGAUAGUGUGACGAUGGCUCCGGCCUUCCGCCUGUCGCUCAAGGCCAAGGUCAGUGACAACAUGAGCAACCUGAUGGUGGAUUUCGCCCAGGAGCGGCGCCUGCUGCAGGCCCUGGCCUUCCUGCCAGUGCCCAGCGCCCCCGAGAUCGACCUGGAGGAGUCGCUGGUGGCCGAUAACUGUGUGACCCUGGCCUGGAGGAUGCCCGACGAGGACAGCAAGAUCGACCACUACGUGCUGGAGUACCGCAGGACCAACUUCGAGGGGCCCCCCCGUGCCAAGGAGGACCAGCCCUGGAUGGUCAUCGAGGGCAUCAAGGGCACCGAGUACACCCUCACUGGGCUGAGGUUUGACAUGAAGUACAUGAAUUUUCGGGUGCGGGCGUGUAACAAGGCGGUGGCGGGAGACUUCUCCGAGCCGGUCACUUUGGAGACCAAAGCGUUCGUGUUCCGGCUGGACGCCAGCACGUGCCACCAGAACCUGCGGGUGGAGGAGAUGAGCGUGGAGUGGGACGCCACGGGCGGGAAGCUGCAGGACGUCAAGGCCCGUGAGAAGGAUGGCAAGGGCAGGACGGCCUCCCCUGCCAACUCCCCUGCCAGGGUGGUGCAGUCGCCCAAGAGGAUGUCCCUGGGCCGCGGGGGCCGCGACCGCUUCACCGCAGAGUCCUACACGGUGCUGGGGGACACCCUGAUCGACGGCGACGAGCACUACUGGGAGGUGCGCUACGACCGCGACAGCAAAGCCUUCGGCGUGGGCGUCGCCUACCGCAGCCUGGGCAAGUUCGACCAGCUGGGCAAGACCCCCGCGUCCUGGUGCCUGCACCUCAACAACUGGCUGCAGGUCAGCUUCAGCGCCAAGCACAACAACAAGGCCAAGGCGCUCGACGUGCCCGUGCCCGACUGCAUCGGCGUGCACUGCAACUUCCACGAAGGUUUCCUGUCCUUCUACAACGCCCGCACCAAGCAGCUGCUCCACACCUUCAAGACCAAGUUCUCCCAGCCGGUGCUGCCGGCCUUCAUGGUGUGGUGUGGCAGCUUCCAGGUGACGUCGGGGCUGCAGGUGCCCAGCGCCGUGCGGUGCCUGCAGAAGCGCAACAGCACGGCCAGCAGCUCCAGCCUGCCCUGAGCCGGGGGUACCCCCCGUGCCCCCCCCCCGGCG